GACAAGGAGGGAGGAUUGGUUGCCGCUAUCCCUCAGGUCUUCACGAAAUCGGCCCACUUGUUGUGUAUAUGGCACAUAAAGCGGAACAUUGAAGCUAAGAUGAUGGAUUUGGGGAUACCACAAGAAGUUGCUCGAGGAGUGGUACAUGGUUCUUGGAAGAAGGUGAUGGAAGCCACCACGCCACAUGCCAUGAUUGAGGAAUGGGAAAAUUUCAAAAAUGGAUUUUGGGGGAGGAAUAGUAAGUUGAUAGAAUACUUGGAUCGUGAGUGCUUGGAGCAUAAAGAGAAGUGGGCUUGUGCUUACACUAACAAUAUUUUUCAUAUUGGUAACACAAGUACGAAUAGGGUUGAAUCGGCUCACUCGACUCUUAAAGCUUGGUUAAACACUUCGACUGGGGGAGUUGAUACAUUAUUUUUAUCAUGGCAUGCUAGCAUUGGGGGGCAAGUGAUCGAAAUUAGGAAAGAGCUAGAGACAUGUCGAACAAAGACAUUCAAAGGAGCCUAUGGACCACCCUACGGCGUUAUAAGGGGAAGUGUAAGCCUAUAUGCGCUUGAGUUGAUGUUUGUAGAGGGAAAGAAGACUCCUUCGGAAUGUGAUUGUGUGAUUGGGAGGACACAUGGGCUCCCAUGCAGUUGUCGAAUCAACUCCUUUAAAGGAGCGGGAGACCAUUUUCAGAUAACACACUUGGCACCAUUCUGGUCUACUUUGGACUAUGCUAACCCUCAUGAUGCAAGACGGUUCGAAGACAAUGACGCCAAUGAUCUUCAGAUUUUUCAUGAUCUAGUGGCUGAGGUGUGUAGACGUGGUCCAUCUGCAGUUCGAGCAGCCAAGGUUGCAUUAAUGAGUCAGCUUUACCCCGAAGAGGAAGGCCUUAGGGAGCCACGAGUGUCUACGAAGGCAAAAGGUCGUCCACCUAAAAGGGAAAACGCUCGUGAUCCUUCUUGGCAUGAGCACGCUGCCCGCACGUCAAGGUAGAAGGAGCACAAGGAGUAAGACAUCAACCUCAGAUGUUACAGGUGGCCCGAAGGAUGCUACCAUCCACAAAAAGAGAAAAGCAACAACCUCAGAUGAUACAUGUGCCCCGAAGGAUGCUACCAUCCAUAAAAAGAGAAAAGCAACAACCUCAGAUGUUACAGGUGGCCCGAAAAGGGAUCCCAUGACCAAGAUUGAUGGAGUGAAUGUUUUUCCUUACUUUCGCUUCGUCCCAGAAAGUGUCAGAGAUCGAUGUCUUGGUUGGUGGGACCCUGCUCCUGAUGGACAUUGCGGAUUUCGAGCUCUUUCACAUGCACUUUAUGGAGAUGAGGAUCACCACUUGUGGGUGAGAAAGGCUAUUAUAGAUGAAGUCAUGUCGAUCCAACAAUGUGAGUACGCAUAUGAAGAUGUGGGUCUUGCUCUUACACGAUUACAGUGGAACAAGCCAGAGGGUACUACAAUGGAUCAUUGGAUGACUGAGUCGGAUCUCGCCGUAGUUGCAACAUUAUUUAACUGGGCCAUAAUCCUCUACAGUCAAAUAGACGAAACCAAAGAUGGGGUGAGGAGACGUGUUCCAUUUGGACAAACCUUUUUACCUAUGAUAGCCAAGCCAGGGGUAGCUCGCCCUAGCAUGUGUUGGUGUUGUGUAACACCGGCAACCAUUGGGUGCGCCUUGACUUUGAGGAGGAUUCAAUACCAAUGCCUCCAUUCACCUUCCUGUGGACCCAUUUCCGUGACAAAAUGAGUACUCAAGGGUGGGAGGAGUUGUUCAAGGACGAGCGAGAUCUUUACUUCGCACUUGGGGUCAUCAUGACUAGUAGGAGAUAUUUGUAGUAGUAUUGGUAUAUAACGACAAUAGUUGUAAAUAAGGAGUAUUUUGUAACUCAUG